AUGCAGCGGAUCGUCGGUCUCGCUGCCUCCCCGGAGCUCGGCGGCCUGGCCGGGUGCAGGCCCGGGCUCUGCGCCUGGAGGACGGGCCCUAGCGGCCGCAGACAGCCGGUCCUGCAGCGGCAGUGGGCGGGUGCGAGUGCGAGUCCUGUGCGUCCUUUCACCGGGGCUGCAAGCCGGGAGCUCUGCCGGCGAAGGGUCGUGUUCGUCGGUCAGAAACUCAGACUCUUCUGCUCGCAGCCCGGAGCCGACGGGCCGGCGGGGAGCUCCGGGCCCCGGCCCCCCAUCUCCGUGGUGGGCAUCCCGGACCCGCUCACAUGGAUCCGGUGUAAAGUGGAGAUGUACCUGAUCCAUCUGCUGUUCGAGCUGGACCUCCACUCUGAGGAGUUCCACAGAGGAGUGAAACAGGCCUUGGUCCACGUGUCCGACAUGAUGUCCAGUGGCAGAUACCAUCAACUGAGGGGGAUAGUGUCCAAUGAGAUGGUCGAACACAUUGAGAAGAGUUGCAGGUCCCUCACUAAAGCUCAGAGACAGCAGCUCGCCGUCAACGAGGAGGAUAUCAUAUUUCUGAUUCCUGAAGACGUGUCUGUUGUCUAUGAUCAAUACGGUAGAAAGUUGUGCAUCGUGGUCAUGAGGUUCUGGCUCCUGUCGGCGCACGAGGGCCCCGAUGACCCAGAGGCCACACACAUCUUCAGAGUGGCCUCCAGUGAAGACGGCAGCCCACAGAGGAAGAUGGCCACCGCUGUCUAUGAAUUCCAGCGAGAGCUAACGAGGGGGGCGUCUCCCGACUGGACCAUCACCACAGUUUGGCACUGGCACUGGACACUGGCGAAAUAAUUCAACUCAACUCUGUGAGGAGUUUUCUCACUUAACUUAUGAACGUGUGAAAGACGACGGACAGAGAGAGCAGCAGAUUAAAGAGCCGAAGCAGUGGAGACACUUGAAGACUUCAGUCCUCCUACUUGAAGUUCAUCCUUUGAUCUCCCUCGGGGCCUUUUUUAAAAGACUUUCCUCUUCUGAUUUUACAGGUUAAAUAUCCUUGUUUUUAUCUGAGCUACAUGGACGGAAUGAUAAAGUCAUUGGAGGACGACUUAAACUCCUAUUUUCCUGAAAGUCUCUGAAUGUGCUGCCAGGAAAAUAAAAUGUUAAAACCA